AUGGAUAUGGAGGCAAAUACUUGUCCGCCCCAGAGCGAUAGAAUACACAAAGAAUCUCCACAAUUGGUUGCUGUGUUAAAAGAAAUGAAGGAUGGUUUGGAUACUGUGAGGACUAAAAUUCAGGCUUUGACUGCUAAGGUGAAAGCAGGAAAUUUGCGUACUGCAGAUGGAAUAAGCUAUCUCGAGGCCAAACAUUUACUGCUUCUAAAUUAUUGUCAGUCUCUUGUCUAUUAUUUACUUCGCAAGGCAAAAGGAUUAUCAAUUCAGGGACAUCCCAUAGUACAGAGUCUUGUUGCCACAAGAUUAUACUUAGAGAAGAUUCGCCCUAUUGACAAAAAAUACCAAUACCAAAUUCAGAAGCUAACAAGAGCUACAGAAACCACAGAGGAAAAGUCAGGCUCAACUGAGAAAGAAGCAAAUGCAACUCAGAAGUCUGAGGACUUGUUGAAAUAUCGCCCGAAUCCAGACUUACUUGUUAGCAAAGUGAAUACUACUGUUGAGGAUGGUGAUGGUGUGUAUCGGCCCCCAAAAUUGGCCCCUGCUAUUAUGGAUGAAGAUAAGAUGACAAGACAGGAGAGAAAUGCUUUGAGAAGAGAGAAAGAGAGUCUGCGACAAGUGAAACAGAGUGCCUAUCUAAGAGAAUUUAUGAAUGAUCUGGAAGGAAGGCCCGAAGAGAUCACGGAGACUGUAGGACCUGAAAGUAGAGAAUUGACGAAGUAUAUGGCAAAGAUGGAAGAACGUGCACAACAAGAGGAGGAACAUUUCACGCGUGCUCCACUGACAAAAUCAGAGAAAAAGACAAUGAAACAUUUGAAGAAGUCUAGAAAUGGGUUACUUGGUCUGACAGAAAGUUUCUAUGAUGAAAUUAAAAGUUUACCUUUAGGGGACAGCUUAACCGAGCAAACUGCCUUCGACAUUGGUAGCAGUGGAGAUAGAAAAUUUAAGAAGUGCAAGAGGAAGCAUUGA